AUACGUUACGCCCGCACAAAGAUACGCGAUUCUACGUGAAUCCGGGCCUGAGUGUUCACAACAUCAGGAAUGAUUGUUCUUUUCUUCAAAUGGCUGACCAAACUAAACCCAAAUCUUUAGCAUGAAGUAUAUGGAUAAGACUAUUCUGAACCUGUGGAAAAAAAAUAGAUUUGAAGUCAAAUGUAAUUUGAAGUCAAAUGAAGCAAAUGUGAAAAUAGCCAACUGCAUGUUAGUCAACUCAACUGGUCUUAGGUGGUCCACCAAUUAAUUAGUUACUUUUGAAAUAUUUGCGUAUAUGGAUAUAAUGAUAACACCCUUUGUAACAAAGUUUAAAUAAUACAGUAAAUAAUUACAUAAUAAAAUAACCAUAUUCACACAACUAUACUGAAAAUGACGAAUGUAUAUACUGUGUGUGUAAAGAUAUUACCAAUGAUGGAUGAUUGGUGAGCUCUCUGAUGAUACAGGGCAUGUAAUGAGUUACCACACUGGACUCUAGGCAUAAAGAAUCCUUGAUGAUAUACUUAUAUAUUUAUAGACUUAUUUAUUUAAUGUAUCCUUGUGACCAAUGUCCUACGUGUGGAAUAUCAUCUACAACCUUGUUGGAUAUGCUGUGACGUGCAGUAUGGGUGUGUCUUUUGCAACAAAGAGUUAAGCUUGGUUUCCUGCUUUGUCUUCUCUUAGACAUUUCUAUGUUCUUAUCAUUCUGUGACAUUCUGCUGUUAUCAUUUAGCAUUGGUUUACCAGCGUCAUCGCCAGCUCCGUGACUGGGUCCCUGGGACUGGAAGAUCUGCCUGUGUAGGGACAUAAUCAUGAAGCUUGGGUCCUGUUUGUUACUACUGAUGGCCUCUAUGUCUCAUGUGGUCUCGGAAUGUCUUCCAUGCCGCUGUAGUUCAGGAAUUGUGGACUGCAGCUUUAUUAACCUUGACACCCAGUCACUUCCAGCCUCAUUUUCCUCUUCCACAGAGGUGAUCCGUCUUGACAAGAACAAACUAAACUCCAUCCCCAGUGGUCUCCUGGACCGUCUUCCCAAUUUGAGGGAGGUACACUUAAAACACAAUCCCUGGCACUGCGAUUGUGACAUCCUAUACCUGCGCAGCUGGUUGCAAGCACAGCAGAAGAGAUCACUAUAUCGAGAUGUCAUCUGUGAAUCUCCAGAGUCACUGAAGGGACGAGUCAUCAUGUACCUGACAGAGGAUGAACUUGUGACCACCUGUCAGUACUGGUACUGUAACCUUGCUCUGGUUUCUCAGCUCUGCCUCUGUAUUUUCAUAGUAGUUCAAGGCAUCCUUUUGAUUUUUGUCAUUUUCUCCUUGCGCCGCUUCCAGAGGAUUGCCAGGGAAGCACGACGUACAGCCAAGGAACUGCAACAGAACAAUGAAACCUAUGCCUACGACAACAUACCACUAUGCAGCUUUGAUAGGACAUAAAAAAAGACAGGAAAAUAAUGUCCGGAACAUGUCCUCUUACUAACUGGUUUGAACUUGUACACAAUAAAUGCUGCACAUCUUUGUUAUAUUAUUCAUCCAAA